GGUUAAACUGUUUCCUUUUUUUGACGAAUCAUCAUGCCAGUCUAGAGGCUAAACGUCCUUCCAUGGAUACACCCACGGCUUGACUGGGAUUCGAACCCUGAACUCUGUAGUGCCAUUGCUACCACACAGACCAACCCAAAAUCUUGCCAUAUGGGUAACGAACAGACAAGACCGGCGGAGGUAACAAGGGAAACGGAUCUACCGACGGACGAACUCCUUACGUGUGGGAUAUGUCUUGAAGAUUUCAAGACUCCGAAAUUGUUACCAUGUGGGCACACCUUCUGUCAGGCGUGCCUGGAGAGGUACGUGCGAGGGGCAUCGGACAUGACCUGCCCUGUCUGUCGGCGGCAGGUGGCUAUCCCGCCCGAGGGAGUCGGCGCGCUGCCCGGUAACUUCUGGGUCGGGAACGUACGGGAGUUGUUGAGGGGACAGAGGCGGGAGCGUAGGGUGAAUGUCGGUGACACAAGAAGGCUGUGUGCGGUUCACGGUGAUGCCGAGUUUCGCUGUUUCUGCAAGGAUUGUAGCCAGCCUGUGUGUGCGGAGUGCAUUGUUGACUCCCACCGAGACCACGACGUGUCGUCCCUACGCGAGGUGACGGAGGAAAAGUGCGAGGAGGCCGCCGAGCUGCAGAGGAGCGCCCGGCGGUGGGUCGACCGGGUCGUCGAGAAACUACAGGCCUUCGACGAGUCCAGAAUCGACUGCGAGAGGAAGGAAGAGGCGCUGGAGAAAAAGAUCGUAGCCGCAAAAGAGGAGGUCAUCAAGCGGGCAGAGCAAAGUGCGGCUUCCCUUAUCGGCCAGGCCAGAACUGUUUACAAAAGGAGAGUCGAACAGUUUGACGGGAGGGCACAAUUUUUAGAAUCUCACUUGGCCGCCAUGUUGAAAGGACUAGAUGACCUUGACUGCGCGGUCAAUCACGCUGACAUUCCAGGCCUUGAUUCCAAGAUGGAGGCGCUAUCAGAAGUACUUGAACUUGAAGUAGAUACGACUACGCAAGUGCCGGCGAGCCCGCAAGUCGAUUUUGUCCCUCAAAAAGUAGCGGUGAAUCUUGGGAAGGUUGAGGUCAAAGAUCAAGCAGAUGGCGCGGAAGUCGAACGAAGACGUGAGGGUGACGGUCGUCUCAAAGUGGCACCAGCGAUUCCUCCUAAGAAAGUUCCUCAAAGAAUGUUCAAGUAUGGAAGCAAGGGAACGGGUGAGGGUCAGUUUGAAUGUCCUAUCCGGGCCACUGUAUCCAACGACAGGGUGUACAUUCUGGAUAAGGCGCUAGGGGGCAGGGUCCAAGCGUUUAAUCUCCAAGAUGGCGACGUCGUCUCGAGUUUCGUGCUCGGUUUCAGCAGCGGCGUCAUCCUGCUGAGUGGAGGCUUAUUGGUUGAAGCGAGCGGUGACGUGUACGUUCCAUGUAGCGUGACGGGUGCAAAACGAGCCAACGUCUUGUGGUCGCACUCAAGGGUUCCAACAAAGGUCGUUCUAAAGUUUGGCUCCAAAAACGAUCCAAUAUCUGACGCAGCUUCUUUGCCUGAAGAUAGAAUCGCCUUAGCCCUUAAAGGAAAGGUCUGUAUAAUUGAUAAGACUGGGCAGAAACUUUCAGAAUUCCUGACCUAUUCUGAAAGCGUUACAAACAUCUGUGUGUACAAAAGCGCCAUCUUGCUGUCUUUACACAAAGAGCAGAAAAUCCGAGUGUACAAACCGUCGGGUGAGCUCCGACACGAGUUCGGAGCAGACGCGCACAUGAGCGCCCCCUGUGGACUCACUGUGGAUCUGCAGGGUAGGGUGCUCGUGACUGACGGACCGAGCGGGCGGGUGAGCGCGUUCGACGGGCGGAAGGACGGGGAAUUUCUCCGGUAUGUCGCCUCGCAGGAGGACGGGCUGGGGUACCCCCGGGACGUCGCGUGUACAGGGGACGGUCGCGCUGUGGUAGUGGACUCACAUCACAACUGCGUGUUUAUUUUCAACUACUGAAUUCGGCAUCACUAAUCACAAGUCAUCUUGUCAUAGGGCAAAUAAAUAGUAUUAGCCCUUUGUGUUCUAAUACCUGGAAGUUAAGUUAGAAAAAAGCUUUUUGGAAGUUUAGCUCAUGAAAAACUAGACCUUGAAAGUGUCAAUACAGAGCAUAUGAGGAUAUUACGUAAGGCAUAACAUGCCGGAAUAUCGAAGUAGCCACCAGACAUAUAUUGGUCACCUGCACUUCAAUUAACCACAUUCAAACUUCCUUUUCUCGCGAUCGGGCGCUUGAGCUCCAUACAUACCCCCAAACAUGUCUGUGAAAAAAGGAUAAGAGUUCUUACCUGUAACACCCAUAUGCAUCUUAGCAAUAUCUCCCAACAACAAGACUUCUUAGUUACUUUUAAAAGGUUGGACCCAAACUGGAUCUUCUGUGUGAAUAAGUGACCUUUGCCCAGUCUAGUUUGGGUUUUGAAUUGUCUGGUAAAAAAAAGGAUUAUAUUUCUUUUGGCAUUCUUACCGUAUCAAGAACUUGUUUCUGUCAUCAAUAAGCGAGGGAACUUUUCCUGUGAUGUACACUUAAAAGUUGUUCCUCUCUUUAGACAUUUAUUAUAGUUGAUACAAUACUUAUCAAUCAUAUAAAGGCCAAUGUACAAGUUGCUCCAGACUAUGUCAAUUAGUCAAAAACACUGUAUGUUAACAUUGUCAUUUUGCUCCAUUCAUUAUAAUCAUUAAUUUUUCGUAUAUUAAAGUUUGAAAC